AUGAAGAUAUCGACAAAGAUGGUAUCUUCGCGAAAGAUCAAGACCUCAAAUGUUUCGAUAUGUGCUGCUUUGCAGCUGCAGCACGCACUCGAAGCUCAACACAAUCAGCAGGAAUGUGCUCAGAUGAUCGAAGAUUAUGUGCAGUGGGGCGGUGACCACGGGCUCACAGAAAGUACAAUGCGCGAGGCAUGCGGAUUGCCUCUCCGAGACAUGAGAGAAAUUUCCAACCGAGCGCACGCAAUAAUUCAAGUUGAUGAUGACGACAAGGACGUCGACAAGGACCCAGACAAAGAGUGGGAGUUGUUGCGCAAGUUCAUCGUGAGUCAUGUGCUGGAUCUGCGCAGGCCUGAUAUCACGAAACACAUGCUCUUGCGUCUCAAAGUUCCAGGUGGCCCGAACUUGACAAAAGAGAAUUUAAUCAAGGAGCUUGUGAACAACAAGAUCUUGGCAGAAACACCUGCUCGGGGCAAGACUGCCGAAGUCUAUAGGCCUCUGCUGGCAUGUUCCAAUCUGCAGACGGUGGUCGCGUUCAAUGACAAGCACCGGGAAAUGGUAUUUCCAGAGAACCUUCAGGCGCGAGGCUUCGUAGAGUAUGUGCAAGGCUGUCCCGCUCGCCGGGAGAAUGCUUUCGUGCUGGGCAGAUUCUUUUGCGCAGCGAAGAGUUCGUUUCUUCGCGGCCGGCCUUCAAGGACUGAUGCCGGUGUCUUGGACAAAAGCGAUGCGUAUCAGGAGCGUGGGAGAAAGCUACUUGAGCAGGAGAAGCUGUUCGACGAAAUCCUCAGAGAGUUGACCAAAUUGUCGGGCGACCCUGCUCCAGCGUCGACUCAGGAGUCUCAACCCGCUAAGCGGCGGCGAGUCAAAUCCAAAGAGCUAUUGAAGGUGAAGGAAGAAUCGGAUGAUGUGAAGCCACUUGUGCAAAAUAUUAGUGUUGCAGACGUUCAGGAGACGCUGCACACUCAGCGGGCUUAUGUCUAUUCCGGGGAGGUUCCUUUUCGAUCGCGCAGGACAGUGAAGGGGCCCGGCGUGCAAAAGUUUUGCAGACGUGCGGUUGUACACUUAGCGUCGAAGUCAGUGGAUCUUGAUGUGGAGAACUCGGUCUUCACGCUGAUGUAUCAACUUAUUGAAAAGCUGACUAUCCGUCCGCCUCCCCCAGACUAUGUUAAAGAGACUUUGCGCCAGUGCGCCAAAGAACGUGAUCGUGUGUGUCGAGAGAUACUGAAGACCUCCAAGGCAGAUGGGAAGAGCAAGCUCAUCAAAGUCUUUAACGGAGGAGGCAUCCCGUCCUCGGAAGGAGCCGCCGCGAGCUUCUUCGAGAACAUGUCCAGAGUGUCUAUUUACUGUCGUUGGCUUGCAAUAUCUUGCUUUCCAGAUGAGCAUGCAAGAUUUCAGCAACCAGAGACGAAGAAAAAGAACCCCGAUUCUUCAAUUCUCUCUUAUUUCUAUCACUCGCUGGAAGAUUUCGUGUUGUCGGCAGCAGCAGACUAUCUCCUCGGCCAGAGUCCGAAGCACUUAUCCCUGCACUAUGACGGUGUCCGCGUUUCCCCAGCGGAAUCCGAAACAACGGAGGAGGUUUGCAACAAGUUGCAAGAGCAUGUGAAACAGACAACUGGAUUUGACGUUGUCGUGCGGGAAAAAGUUCACCGAACAGUAUUGCAGAUCAUUCUUGACGAAGCAACGUCCAAAAGAGCAUCUGUGCUGUCGCCAGAUUCCGUUCUGCGAGGAAAUGGCAAUUGCAUUCCAGCUGCAGUGAGUCUGUUGCUAAAGCGAACGUCUGAGGUGGAGCAGGCCGUCAGUCGUGCGCCGACGAGACCAUCGACGCGGUCGUACAGAGAGUGUGAAAAGCUCUUAGAUGUCAACCUUAUCCCUCAGCUUCCUGAGCACGACUCGACCUCAAUGCAGCUGCAGCCGGGUAAUUUCUUGUUGCACAUGGAAAACGGCGGCACCCCGCACUGUGUGGGACUCUAUGUGCCCGAUGACUCGAGCCUGGAGAUCACGGUGCUGGACGCAAGCAACAACAUCUCCAUCCAAACCUCAUCGCUUGACAGUGCAUUGCGCGACGGACUGGAUGGCAUCACUUGCAUUCUGUUCCAUGUGACGCAUGAUAAAAAAACAGAUCUCGCCACACACUUGCUGGGAGCCUGA